AUGGAUUAUGCGUGUUUUGGAGAUGUCCUAGCAUUUGACACAACCUAUAGGACAAAUGCCUAUAAAAAGCCUCUAGUAGUGUUGGUCGGUGUUAAUCAUCACCAUCAAACUGUUGUAUUUGGUUGUGCGUUAUUGAUAGAUGAAAGUGUUGGGACAUAUGAAUGGGUGUUGGAGACAUUUCUUGAAGCCAUGAUGAAUAAGAGACCCAUAUCUGUUGUAACCGAUGGGGAUAAAGCUAUGCGUAAGGCAAUUAAAAAAGUAUUACCUGAUACGUGUCAUCGAUUGUGUUCAUGGCAUUUGCAACGAAAUGCAUUCACGAAUGUGCAUAUGAAGGACUUCUCAAGCAUAUUUGCAAGGUGCAUGUUCAUGCGUGGGAAUGAAGAAGAAUUCGAAAAGGUUUGGCAUGAAAUGGUUGCAAAUUUGGGACUUAAUGAGAAUCGUUGGGUGACCGAGAUAUAUGGGAAACGUAAAAGAUGGGCAGAGGCGUAUUUACGUGGAAAUUUCUUUGGAGGGAUGAGAACCACACAAAGGUGUGAGAGUAUGAAUGCAUAUCUAAAUAGAUUCUUAAAAAUUCGCUUGCGACUGUAUGAGUUUGUACAACAAUUUGAUAGAGCCAUACUGAGAAUACGGCAAAACGAGGCAAAGGCAGAGUUCGAGUCGAACAAUUCUUCACCCGUGCUUUCAACCAAACUAGCCAUACUUGAAAAUCAUGCUGCGACGGUAUACACAAAAGAAUCUUUCCUUAAAUUUCGUGAGGAGAUGAAAAAUGCUGAGUUAUUCUUUGUGGUUGGUGUUGUAAGUGAUCAUUCAAUGCGGGCAUACACAUUAUCUAAGUUUAGACACCCGAACUUAAAUUGGGAAGUACAAUUUUGCCCGGAUAUUGUAACAUUAAAAUGCUCAUGCAUGAUGUUUGAGUCAAUUGGCAUCCCAUGUUGCCACAUGGUGGUGGUUAUGAAGGUGGAGCAUUUGGAAGAGAUUCCUCAGUCAUGUAUUAUGAAGAGGUGGACAAAGUUAGCAAAGGUGUAUACAAGAUCAGUACCAGUGAAUGAGACGGAUAACAACAUGGAUCGGUUUGUACGAUAUGGUUCAUUGAGUUCGAUGUGCAACAAGCUCUCCUACUUUGCGUCAGAUACGUCAUCUUCAUUUAUAGAGGCCAAAAAUGAAAUACAAAAUUUGACGGCGAGAAUGGAGGAACUCUAUAACUAUAAUUUGAAAGGGAAGAAAAUAACAUCAGAUGGAGCGACAGGUACUAACCAAGUUCGUGAUCCAAAUAUUGUGAAGACUAAAGGGAAUCCAGGCAAAGUGGCAAUGAAUGUUCAAAAGGGAAGACGAUGCAGUCGUUGUAAAAGAGUGGGUCACACAAUUCGAAAGUGUCCAGAAGCUACAACCCUCAAAAUGCUCAGCCGGGUUAUAUGGUAUGUCAUAUUCAAUACAAAUUGCCCCUAA